CCAUAUUUCUCCAUCCUCUUUCUUGCUAAAGCCCCAAUAACUCUCAUAAAAGCCUAUCCCCAAUCUCCUCCUACUCUCCAUUAUAUACAGCAUAUAUAUGCCAAAAACAAAGGAAAGCAGCGAAAAGUCGAAAACAUUUCUUGAUACUGCCCGCAAAUGGCCGCUUCUUGUACUGGAAAACUAUCAUCAAACAGGGAAAGGGCGGCAAGAGAGCUCGUUCAAGGCCAAGAAUUUGCAACCCAUCUUCAAUUUCUUCUCAAGAAACAUUAUCCAGAUGAUGGGUUGCUCUCAGCUGAUGAGCUUGUGGUCAAGAUCAUGAGAUCUUUCACUGAAGCUCUUUCCCUGGUAACUUGCUAUGAUUUUGUUGAGAAUUUUCAGAAUCAGACAACUUCACAAGUGGACUCAGUUUGUUGUGAUGACCGGAAAUCUGAAGAUUCGGGCGAGAGCAAGAAGAGGGCAACUGCCAAGGAAAGGAGGGGAUGUUACAAGAGAAAGAAGAUUUCACUGUCAUGGACAACAGUCUCAGCUACAACAGAAGAUGGUUAUGCGUGGAGAAAAUAUGGGCAGAAACAGAUCCUCAACACCAAAUACCCAAGGAGCUACUUCAGGUGCACCCACAAGUACGAUCAAGGAUGCAAGGCAACGAAGCAAGUCCAGAUAAUGGAAGAAGAUCCACAAAUGUAUGGCACCACUUAUAUUGGUCACCAUACCUGCAGAGAUAUUCUCAAGGUUCCACAAAUCAUCACACCACCAGAUUCUUCUCCUGGUCAUGAAUCUUAUAUGCUCACUUAUUCCAAUUCAAACAAUACUCCUACCCAAUUGGAUCAUCAACACCAUCCAUUUACUUGGUGUCCAUCCACCAUGAUUAAGCAAGAAUAUAAGGAAGAGACGCCAAGUGAUCUCACAGAUGAGCUUUCAUCUUUGGACUCCAUGUGGAAGGAUCUUGAAGCAUUUGAGCAAGCUGAUCAUUACAGGGCAGUUGCUUCUACAGAGUGUACGGAAACUGCUUCUCAAAGCCUGGACAUGGAUUUCGCAGUGAGCUCCGUUGAAUUUAACGGCGAUUUUCACUUUGAUGAAAGUGAGUUCAACUACCUAAGCAAAUAAGGUAGACGGCUGUAGUUUUACCCUGCUAUGUAUAGAUGUUGACAUUGAAGAGGUAAUCUAGAUUUGUGGAAUAAUUAGGCUGCAAGAUUUUCCUUUAGAUUUGUGGAAUAAUAUUUAGGCUGCAAGAUUUUCCUUUCUAAUCCUAAAAUUCUGCUGUUCACAUUGAAAGAGAGAUGUUGUAUUACUCUGUGGGAGCCUUAAUGGGGACAGACAAUUUUGCUUUA